AUGUCUUAAAGCUAACAUAAUUUAGAAGAAAAUCAAUAGCAAAAAGGAGAGGUGCAAUACCUUUUUGUGGGAAAUAAAGCUGGUUUAGAUAAUGUAGAUAAAGAAAAAAUAAAUAAAAUUAUUAAUGAAACCACUUAAUCAAGUGAAUUUUAUAAAAGAUAGUAAGUGAAAAGGGAUUAAUAUGAUGAAAGGAUUAAAGAAAUGAAAUUAAUAAUAGAACAAACCAAAUAAGAUCAUAUUAAGCUUUUGAAAGUCAAGAAAGAAUGUGAAGAUAAAUUAGAUUAAAUUAAAUAAUUAGUUCAGCUUGAUAGGAUUUGGGUUCAUUUUGAUAUGGAUAUGUUUUAUGUUGCUUGCGAACUUAAGGAUAGACCUCAAUUAAAAGAUUUGCCAGUGGCUGUUGGUGGUAUGUCAAUGAUUAGUACAGCUAAUUAUGUUGCUAGAAAAUUUGGUGUAAGAUCUGCUAUGCCUGGUUUCAUUGCUAAAAAGCUAUGUCCUUAAUUAAUUUUAAUUCCUUGUAAUUUUGAAAAAUAUAGAAAAGCAAGUGAUUAAUUCAAAAAAGUCUUAUACUAAUAUGAUCCUAAUUUAGAAAGCAUGGGGCUAGAUGAGGCUAAUCUGGAUAUAACAGAUUAUUUACAAUAAAAUAAUAUUAACUCAGAUGCACAAAUAUACGAUUUAUGUCAUUCUAUUAGAAAUCAGGUUUUUGAAUCCACUGGAGGUCUAACUUGUUCUUGUGGUAUUGGACCAAACAAAAUGCUAGCUAAAAUCUGCUCAGAUAUGAAUAAGCCCAAUGGUUAGUUUUAGUUGAUAAAUGAUGAAGAAAAAAUUAAGGAUUUUAUGAAAGAUUUGCCUAUUAGAAAAAUCCCUGGGAUUGGGAAUGUGACAGAAUAAAUCUUGAAAGGUAUUGGAAUAGAAAAAUGUAGCUAAAUCCUAGAAAGAGUUAUUGAUAUAAAAAUAUGUUUUAAAGAUCUUUCUUUUGAUCACUUAGUUUCUAGUGCUUUAGGUAUAGGUCGUUCAUGGCAUGAAGAAGAGACGGAGAAAAAAAGUCUUUCAGUAAGUAGAACUUUUUAAGCAAUAUCAACUAUAGAGGAAAUAAACGAAAAAAUACAUUAAAUUUCUCAGCUUUUAGCUGAAGAUGCUAAAGCAGAAUAAAAAAUUGGAAAGCAUUUGGCUGUUUCUUUUAAAAAUGUAAAAUUUUAAAUGAGAUCUAAAAACAGAAUGCUUGAUAAAUAUAUUUAAGAUAGUGAGUAAAUUGAGAAAGUAGCUAAGGAAUUAGUUAAAGAAUUAUUACCUACUGAGCCUUUGAGGUUAAUUGGAAUUAGAUUAAGUCAAUUAGCUGAUGAAAAUGAGCUAAAAAACCAAGGAUUGAGCAAAUAUUUUGCUAAAAAUGAUAAAAGUUUAAACAAUUCAAGAAUUUAAUCUUCAAGUAAGAGUUCUAAAAAAUCAUUUGACAAUAAAAACCAAAAUUCCUUGACAACUUAUUUCAGUAAUUAAGAAAAGAAUAAUUCAAGCUUAAAUGUCUAUUAAAAUUAAAAAAUAAAAGGACUUCUUAAUGAUAAAAAUUUAGGAGACGUUUCUAAUCAUUAAGAAGCAUCUAAUUUCAGUAUAAAUCCAAAUAAUUUAUAAAAGUCACAUUCAAAUAAUUUAAUUUAGCCCUCAUUCCUAAGCUUAAUAGAUAAAUAUGAAAGUGAGGAUCAAGAGGAUGAAAACGAAGAUUCUUUUUAAGAAAAUAACUCAUGUAAUAAGUUAUAAAAAUAAACAAAACAUUAAGAGAGUAUGUUGAAUGAAAUGAGUUAUAGUAACAAUUAAUAGUAAUUCUAAAUAAGUAAAGAUAAUAAGUAAUAUAUAAAUGAAAGUGAUUGUGAAAGUAAAAAUGAAAGCGAAAUAGACAACAGAUAAAAAUAAGAAGAAUAUGAAAAUGAUGAUGAUGACGAUGAAGAUGGAGACGAAGACGACGAUGAUGAUUUAAUUUACCUAAAAAAAAUUUUAAAUAAAAAUGUUUCAGAAAGACUUUCUUAGAUAUCUGAAAAAAAAAGUUAAGAGGAAAAAAGAUAGUCAUUAUCAGAUAAAAAUAAUUCUAUGACACCUUAAUUUAUACAAUAGAGUGGAGGAAGUUAAAAUUAAAGGAAUGGCUCUAUUUAACAAAAAGAAACAUAAAUGAUACCUGAAACGGCUCACUAAAAUAAACAAUUUUAAUCUUAGUAAAUAAAUUAGACUCAAUACUAUUAAAGAAAAUCAGAAAAAAGUGAAAUUAGCUUCUAGUAAUAAUCAAUAUAAUCACAAGAAUAUAUGCAUCUGAUGAUGGGUUCUGAAGAGUCCUCUAAGUUAGAUAUUAGAAUAAAUAGAAAUAUAUUUCCUAAUAAAGUGUAAAAUGAAAAAGAAAAUAGCAAUUCCAUGUAUGUAUAUGAUGAAAAUGCUGAAUAUAUGUCCUAACAAUAUAUUGAGCAUAAUUCAGGAUCAUAAAUGAAUAAUAAAAAGAGAGUUCCUGCUGAUGCACUUACUCCACAAUAGGUUGAAGAGCAGUUAAAAUUGAAAAAAAAAUUUAUUCCUAGGCUAUUUGAAUGUCCAAUAUGCUUUUUAUAACUCGAUUCUUAUGGUAAUGCUACAUUUGUUAAUAAUCAUAUAACAAACUGUAUGAAAGCCUAAGAGGAGAAAUUUAAUAAGCUUGAAUAAAAUAAUUCUUAAUAAAAUACAUAGAAAGAAGAAAAAAAACCAGUUUCUAUAUUAAAUAAUUAUACCACAAAAUAAGAUACAAAGACAAAGUAAAGUGAUAAAAAAAAUAGAAAGUCUGAUUAAAAAAAAUAGUAAAAAAACAGUUUUACAUUAGAUUCAUUUGUAAUAAAAUAAAAAAAUUGA